AUGGUUUCUCGGAGAGAUUAUCGGAGUAUGAGAUCGUGUAGUGGAUGGCGUCGGUUUCUCUUGCUGAUUCCUCUGGUCUUUGUUCUUCCUCAUCUCUCGUCACUUGUUGAUUUUUCUUCGACUUCGACUAGGAACGAAUCGCAAAGCAUUCGUAGCAAGAAGCUCGAUCACCUUGUGCUAGGUCCUGUUGCUGGACAAGGCUUGUCCGAUCGAUUGCAUUGCCGAGGCACCAAGGCUCUCAAUAGGACUCACACUUCAACUUCGCAUGUGUCUGGUGCUGGAAAUGGUGUUUCUUUCGUCACGGUGUUUACUGUUUAUAAUAAUACAUCGGUCGAUAAUGUGAAAUCGGCCAAUAUGGUUUCUGUUGUUGGGAAUGUGACCUAUAGCAAGCCAGAGAGGUCAAUGGCAGUUCUAAAUGCAUUCGCCAACUUCAUUCAGGUGACUAUGCCCAAGAGCAAUGUUGUCAUAUUAACUGAUCCAGCUUCCGAUUUCUCGAUCGGAAAAAGCAACGUGAUGGUACAGCCUGUUCGAGGUGAUUACUCACGGAGUAACCUGAUGCUUCAAAGAAUCAGGUCUUAUAUUACGUUUCUUGAGAUGAAGCUCGAGAAGAAUGAUGAUGGAAGAAACCACUAUAUCUUCACCGAUUCUGAUAUGGCAGUUGUUGAUGACAUCGGGACUAUAUUUGACAAGCAUCCAAACUUCCAUAUUGCACUCACAUUCAGGAACAAUAAAGAUCAACCGCUGAAUUCAGGAUUUAUCGCAGUGAGAGGCACACGUGAAGGUCUCAUAAGGGCUAAGGUUUUUCUUGAUCAAGUCUUAAAAGCUUACAAAACCAAAUAUAUGAAAGCUUCGCGUAUGCUUGGUGAUCAACUAGCUUUGGUAUGGGUUGUUAAAUCUCAUCCUUCCUUCGACGCAAAAAGAUUCACAAAACCGCAAGCAUUCACACAAGAAAUAGCUGGAGCUUCAGUGUUAUUUUUACCAUGCGCUUUAUAUAACUGGACACCUCCUGAAGGUGCUGGUCAGUUUCAUGGCAUGCCUUUAGAUGUCAAGAUUGUUCAUUUCAAAGGAUCAAGAAAACGCUUAAUGCUCGAGGCAUGGAACUUCUACAAAUCUACUUCCAACAUUCCAGAUAUGUUAUGUCUUGUUCUUGGUAGUGGUAGAACUAAAUACGAUUUCUAA